AUGUCUAAAUCAUCUCAAGCCUUUGUUAUUUACCGUGAAUUAGGCAUCAUAAAGAAUCAAAAAGAUAACACCUUCACUCGCGACCCCAUUAACUCCCCUGGCGACCGCGUCCCAGCCACACCUGACGCUGUUGUAUCCAAAGACUUUAGGGUGAACUACUCAAAGUCAACAUGCAUGCGUCUCUACGUCCCCACUACCGCACUAAACGGUUCGUCAAAAAAUCUCCCUCUCGUUGUCUACUUCCACGGUGGAAGAUUCAUCUGCGGCAGCUUCGACCUCGAACACACCCACGACUUCUGCAACCGUCUGGCGCGUGAGAGCAACGUGGUCGUCGCGUCAGCUUCGUACCGGCAAGCUCCCGAGUUUAAACUCCCUGCGGCUUAUGACGACGGAGAGGAUGCUCUGAAAUGGAUCAAAUACUCACCAGACAAGGAGUGGAUCAAAUCUUACGCAGAUCUUUCUAAUGUUUUCCUCAUGGGGACAAACUCUGGUGGUAACGUGGCUUACAACGUCGGGCUUAGAUCCACCGAGCAAGAUAUAACUCCGUUAUGUAUCCGUGGAUUGAUCUUACACGAUCCCUUCUUCGACGGCGAAGAGCGGUGCGCCUCUGAGGUCAGUCACGAGAACAAGCUGGAUGCAGACAUAUGCUGGAAUCUUUGUCUCCCUGACGGAGAAGACAGGGAUCACCAGUAUUCGAAUCCGACGGUGGGAGAUGGACCGGAUAAUAUGGAGAAAAUCAGACGGUUGGGAUGGAAGGUGAUGGUGACUGGAGUAAGAGGAGAACUGCUGAUAGAGAGGCAGAGAAAUGUGGCGAAUUUGUUUAAGGAGAAGGGAGUUGAUGUGUUUGAGCGUUUUAUCUUCAAGGGUGAAAGCGGAAACUGGUUUGGUUGUGGAGGAGGUGAGGGUAGAUUUUUGGUUGUGGUGGUGGUGGUGGUGCCAGAGACCAGAGAUGGUGAAAACUCUAAGUAA